UCCACUUACAGUAACCACGCUCUCCCCGCUCACCCUCACCCAUCUUCUCGACCCGCAGAGUUCCCCUCGCUGGAGAUCAAGUGGCGACCGGCUGCUGGAAAGGGGCUAAGGGGACGUGCUUUACGUUCCCGACGCUGCGCUUGUACGAGGCCAACAUCUCUCCGAGGCUGUCGGCGUGAAGAGCGGACCAGGAGUUCUGUGUGGCGACGGACGACGACAGGAGCUCCCUGACGUGAACCAGAUGCCAAGUCGGCGGCUUCUCCAAACAGCCGCCUCUCACCUUUUCUGAAUGGAUCGACCUGCCAUGAAGCGCAUGCUUGCGUUUGACGGCGUGCUGACAGAGACCUUCGCCACCCUGAAAGAGUUUUGUGGAAGUACAAAUAUGAUAAGCGAAUAAUCCAGCCGGGACCUGAAUCAAGUCAGGACACCUCCCCUACACGCACGCACAGGGAGUUGUGAUGCUCUUCGGGGGAACAAGCGCAGGGAUUCCUGCCCUCGCACCUCGCCUGUGAUGAUGAUGGACCUGCCAAUCCAGCACUUGCCUGUGGAGGUCAGCUGAAGACGACGCCACGCAGCUAAGUCUGGAUUAGCCGGCCGAACGGCACUCUCUAGCUGUCCCCAGGCCUCCUGGUGCUCACUUAAGAGGGAAAAGACGAGACAAGGCCUCCCUAGGACUCCCCCAAAGCACCUUGUUUCCUUGCAACAACACAAGUUUCAAUGCUCCUCCAUGUUCUAAGAUGAAGUUAUGGAAAGGUGCCACUCUUGCCUUCAUGCUCUGUGGCGCGGCCCUGUCCAUCCUCCUCGUUAGAAACAUGGCCACUGUUGGACAGCUCAAACCCAAGACCAAGUAUCCACGCAACUCUUCGUCCUCCUCGAGCCCGUCUUCAUCGCCAGGAUCAACGCCGAGGAGCUCACCGCCACCGGCCCCGUCGACAGACUCGGCGGCCCUGUCCCGGCAGAUGGGCGAUCUUCGCCGGAGAACGCGCUCGGCGGACAACAUGAACUCUCUCCUCUCCGAUUUUUCCAUGAUGUUCCAGAGCUUCACGGAGGGCGAGCUUCAGCAUGUGGUCGGGACAUUGCUCGACAGGAAGAGAAGGAAGAGCCGGCGCCUGGGGGACAACCAGGCCCGGAGGACUAAAAGAGCCCGGAGGCCGAAGCCCUGCUCCGUGAGGGAGCUGGAGGUGACUGUGAGCGAGCUGGGCCUCGGCUACGAGAGCGACGAGACAGUAAUGCUGCGCUACUGCAGCGGCAAGUGCACGGCCCAGCGGCACAACUACGACAUCACCAUGGAGCACAUGAUGCGGACGGGCUUCAGGAAGAAGGGCCGCAGGGACAAGGUCGGCAACGGGCCCUGCUGCAGGCCGACCGCAUUCGAAAAGGACUUCUCCUUCCUGGACAACAGGAGCCGCUAUCACACGGUACAGAAUGUGUCGGCGAAGAAUUGUGGGUGCGUAUGACCCGGAGGAAUCGACUGUCUUAUUUCCUCAUGCUGCUCUCGGCCUCUGUCGGACGUGCUGAAACCAGGGUGCUGUUGAAAGACAAACAAAGUAAGCCCGUGGAAUAUAAACUCGAGGAGAGGAGGAAAGGAAGGGAAUACGUUAAUGGCUGUUCCACGGCGGCCAUUCUUCGACGGACAGGACUUUUGUAUCGGCGUCUGUCACCACAGCUCGGGACCGAAAUCACACGCGCCGCCAGUGCUGUGCUUUGUGUGGAUUCCGUGUAAAAAAGGACAGAAAAAUGACUGUUCAUAUAAAAUGUCGUCAUCUUUCUAUCUGUGUAGUAACACUGUAAACUGUGGUGUAACAAUAAGGUAGCGACAUUAUUCGUGGUAUUGCAUUUCAGUAGUAGUACAUGGCGCGGACUCAUCGUGACGAUGAGCACCGGCCGACUAGAUCACUGCUGUUACCACUCUCCACAUCCACGAGCGUUCAAUUAGUCUUGUGGCUUGUGUGAUUCUAGUGGUGACAUUCAAUCACCUUUCAGGCGACAAAAAGGUCAACUUCCAAACCAUGAAUAGACAAAACAAACGGACGAAAAAUCACUAAAUUCAACGCAUCCAAUGUUGGCUCACUGUUCAGAGCAGUUUGGACCAUUGACCUAAUUAUGACGUCUUGUCCUCAGAGCGCAUAUUGACUUUAAGGUGUGUCGAGAUGUUGUCAACAUGACUUUGUGACCUGCCUGUGUUCGACGUUACUGUCACCGAUUGCAGUGUUAUUACACAGGUAACAGAAGAAGAAGAAGUGUUAUUGGUACGAGUUUGAUGAUGAAAGAAAAAUCUUUUUCUAUAGCUCAAGGUUUGAUACCCGUUUUUAACAAGUGUUUUGUAUGUUGAUAUUGUGUAGAUUAACGAUGAGGAACCCGCUUCGAAAACAUGAACAGAAUGAACAUUUCUUCGUAGGAUAUAGCUCGUCACACUCAAAGAAGUCGUCGUCAUAAGUCUUUUGUGUUUUUGAUACCCGGAUAACACAGCAUCACAAAUCACCCACAAUCCUCUGGAAUUGCCAAAACUCAGCGAAUCAAUUCAACGUAAGCGACUAAUUCAUAAACGCGUGCUCAUAAACGUCUCACGUCUUCAGUUCCAGGUGAUAAAAAACCUCUUUGGUCGUCUCUGGUUGUAAUUUGUGAACGUUUACACACACGGAGUUCUGGCUAAGUCAGAGGCUAUAAGAACGGUGUUUGCGAUCAGUCGAGGCAGACGUUUUGUUUCUCUCGCCGACAGUAAACUGACUAUGAAGUAGAGACGCGAUCUGGAAAAAAUGUGUUUUGCGCCCAUCCAUGGACCCUGUACCUCGCUGUGAUCAACAGUGCAGCCUUUCUAUUGGCCCAAUCGAAUGCCUCCUUGUAUUGCCUAGUAGACUUUUAGUGGGAAAAAUAAGCGGUUGAAAAAUGAUUAUGAAGCAUCUUUUUCACCAUGUUGGUUUGAACCCAUUGCGACUGUUUGCCUGAAGUACAAUAAAUUAUGUCGUCGUUGUUUUUUCUCUGAGGAGGUGCAGUGCAGGGCGUGGAUGCGGUGCAUCUUUAUUGUAGUUUCUAUUGUAUUUAUUUGGGACGUAAAUUAUGUUUUUUGCAUAUUUAUUUAGAAUACCACACAGAAAAAGGGACAGCUUAUUACCAUUAAGCGACUGUGCCAAAAAAUGUUUUAUCUCACAUUCUAUAUUGACUGCUGAAUAAACAUUAUU